AUGGUGCGGCUCACUCGUUCAUUUGGUUGGGAGGAGUUUCGCCACGAUUUCCUUUACGUUUGGAUCGAAACACUGCACAUUCUCGAUAAGACCUACGAUACUGCCGGUUCUAAUCAAUUAUUAUGGAUGUUGGCGGCCUUCGCUACUGCCAUGAUUUUGUUUGUCAUCGCAUGUUCUCUUAUGCUGAUGUCUUAUAGGCGUAUCGAUCCACGCUAUCCUAAAAUCGAGCCGCAACCGCUCACAUUUCGAGAGUUAUUUUUUGAUCUUGAGCCGAUUGUUCACAAAGGCCCCUUCAAGAGCCGUAUUAGGCUGUUCGACGAAACCAGCAGAGUCAGAACUCUGAAGUCUUCCAGUCAAGCACCACGAACUGCACAAGAACCGGAGUUUACCGACAAUGAGAAGUCUUUAGCCGUUCCUAUCGUGGCUUCGUCAACCCCGAUAGUAAAAUCCGCCAUUCGGAAAUCAACUGAAGUCGUUGUUGCCUCGAGUACUCCAAUUGUCACUGACAGGAAGACAAAAACUGAGUCAACGGUGCAAGCUAGUCAAGGAUCAUCUUUAGUUCCUGGAUCACUCGAGCACAUACCGGAAAAGAGUGCGCUGCGCGAGAAAAGCGAAGAGAGACGUGCGAUUAAAUCGUCAGCUGUAGGCAAAACUCAGAUCUCAUCCAGAGGAGUGCUAUGGGACCAGCCAAAAGAGCGGCCAAAAUCACUUAUGGUGCAGCCUACGAUCCUUUCUGAGAAGGUGGCAAAAGAUCGUUCUAAACUGGUUUCCCCUGAGAACAUCACACCAUCGAACUCUGAACCAGAAACCCCUGCAACGAGGGGUUCGGGAACGACAGGAACGGCGACGAGAACGACGACGAUGACGAGGACGAGGACAAGAACUUCGGCGACGGUUUCUGACCGUGAAGCUCGAAGAAGGAAGUCCAGACUGUUUUAG